AUGGACACGGGUAUCGGGUACACCCGCGGUAACAUACCCGAGGUGUCCCCGGGUACGGGUGCGGUGUGCGAUCCUCGCCACACCGCGACUACCGCGUACCCGCCUCCCGGUGUUGCGGUGUUGCGCGGUGUCGCACCCGUGGCGGUAUUGCCCAAAGAGGCAACUCCGCGAGCGCCCGAACUUGCCCGAGGGUGUCGCUCCGCGGGGCGUCUGCCACCCUAUCCUCUCGCCAGCCCCAGGCGAAACAAUCCCAAGCACGGCACACACGCGGACGGCGAGCACGCACGGCAAAAGCCGCAUGUGCAAGCGCAGCCCACGAGCACGCCGCGGGCGCGGGCACAGCAACGAGCGACGAACAUACGGCGGGCGCGGGUGACGAGCAGACGGCGGGCGUGGACAACGAGCAGACGGCGGGCGCGAACGACAAGCGGGGACAACGAGCAGACGGCGGGCGCGUACAACGAGCGGACGGCGAGCGCAGAUGACAAGCGUCCGGCGAGCGCAGAUGACAAGCGUCCGGCGGGCGUGGGCGACGAGCAGACGUCGGGCGCGGAAGACGAGCGGGGACGACGAGCGGACGACAAACAGACGACAGGGAAGGGUGUGGCGGGCGAGGGUAGGCGAGGGCAAAAGUCCCCCGAACGCGGCGACGUGCAGUGCGAUGACCACGAGCACACAGGGCCAAUGCCCUGCGUGCAGACGCGGCCGACAAACUAG